GGUCUUGCUGAAAGGCUGAACCGACUCCACAGCAGGCAAAGAUCAGCCAACAGCUUCUGGAGACAUCAGUGCAACUCAACCACAUCAGCUGCUGACAGGCCAGGGGUGCUGAUGCUGAGGAUUCUGGGAGUUCGGGAGGAAUGUGGCAUGCAGGCUGCUGUGUGUGACAGGCUGCCGGUUGGAGAAAUGUGUGUGGCUCUUUUCAGCAAGGACACGGCUGCCCAGUUACAGCUUGUACCCGGAGACAGCGUCCACAUCUACCCACCAUGGCAGAAUCUGGUUGUGGAGGGUGAACGCUAUCCCAUAAUUCUCAACACCCACUUCAGUCAGAAUGUCUGCGAAGAGACUAAGCCGGAUAACGGAGGCGAGGUCCGAGAGCCGCGGUCGCUGUGGAGAAAUGCAGACCUCCGCCGUUAACCAGGAGCCUGUGGCGGUCAGGGACGAGCCAAGUGUCAACCGAGACAUCCAUUCCCUGUAAACAGGUCGGUGAGUUGAACAGACGAGGAGUUCGGAAGUCUCUGCUGGACGCAGUGGAGGAUUGUGGGUCGUCGGGCUCUCAGAGUGGUCCUGUUGAGGUGGUCGUUCAGAGGGUCUACUGCAUACCCAUCUCUCAGUCCCUUCACAGAGCUUCUCUCCAGCACAGAGCACUGGACAGACCUCCAUCAGAAUCAGCACCACCGCAACACAUCGACAGGCUGUGUGUUCUCGUUCAGGAUGGUUACGGGAUGUUUGGUGAGGUUCUUCUGCACUGUGUGUCCACAGAAUCAGAGAUCCAGCAGAGCUUUGAGCAGCUGGAGGGCUGUGUGUGUCUCCUCCAGGCCCUGAGAGUCGUCCAGCGUCUCACGCGCGACAAAUGUUCUCCGCUCUUCAGUAUGACUGACAGUUUGUGGCCUCCUCCGGUUGAUCCAAAAUCUCAUGACGAUCUGCCGCAGUCUCCCAGCGAUGAAUCUUCAAGGUGUCGUUGCAGCUUUUGGGCCACUAUGGUUCAUAAACAAUUACUGAGCUCAAAUGCAGGCAAGAGGGAGAUGCUGCUGUUUGUGACAGAUCCCAGUCUGCAAAUGGAGCUGAACGCAGAGGGGAACAGGAGAACUGUAGCUGUGUGUCUGAGCCCGUCCUGCCUGAUCCAGAGCUCAGUAACACAGGCGCUGGAAACCCCGCAGACACAACCCCUUCUGAUGUUCAGAGACGCUGUUAGACAUAUGAACACAUCAACUGGAAAAGUUUGGCACAACUGAAUGGAAGCCAUUCAAGCUGAAAGUCUCUGUGGUUGCUUCUUCAUGUCUGAACUAUUUUGAGAUUUAGAGGUUUCCUACAUUAAUCUUCAUGUUGUUAUUUCUCAGAGCCAUGAGUGUAGAACGUUCCAUGACAUUAAGCUUCUGCUCCUUUUUCGUAAACCAGCUCAGAUAUUCUGCUGGGAACAGACAGUGAUCCAACUGGAACCAGAGGACCCAUCCUUCUCCAU